AUGAUUGAUUCGGACGAGGAAAUAAUAAAACUACAGAAUGAGGUGGAAAGGACUCUCCUAAAAUACAAACCGAAGCCAACACCUGAAGUGAGACCAUCCAUAUCCACCGAGCCUCCACCAAUCCAGUUAUCGGUGAAGGUGGAGGUGGAAAAUUUAAAUGAAGAACAACACGAGGAGUUGCCGAGAGUCACAUUCCAAGAAGUACUGCAAGAAUCUUUAGAAAUUGUGUCAAGGUCAAGUAGUGUGGUGAACAGACUUUUUCAUUUGCAGGUUCUGAACUCCAUCAAACCAGACCCAAUUACAUUCACAAGAACCCACCAAGAACUACUCCUGGACAAAGCUCUGCAGCGCUGGGCUGAUUGGAGCAACAUAUCUGAAUUUUACAGGGAACCACCUCUGUAUUACAAAUGCUACAUCUGCACCCUGGCCUGGUGGCAUCUUCAUGAUUUCAGUGAACAUCUCAAACUCCACAAUUUCACGAGCCUCCGAAUAAAUGUUGAGAUAGAUGAUUAUGUUAUAUGCAAUAUUGUGGCUUUCAUCGAUCGGGCACAAAAGAAGUAUAUAGGCCCAGUGGGGAAGUGCUGGAGGUGUGGGGAACUGGGUACGGAGCACAAGACUGCAAAGAAAUGUCAGGGGUGUCAGAAACAGUUUUCCAGCUGUUCGAUGCUGAGGGAACAUCAGUGGCACUGUGACCCAUUCAAGAAGAUGAACAUCCAUCUAUUUAGGAACGCGAAGAAGAUACAUAAAUGCCACCUGUGCCGCUUCUAUUACUUUCAACCUUCUGAUCUCUUGGAACACAUGGUUCUCCGUCACAGCGUCAGGUCAGAUGUACCUAUCCUGGUGCCAAAAAGUUGUGACAAGUGCUUUAGUGUGCGUGAAGCGCACGUGUGUGAGAGGCCUUAUAUGGAGAGCUGUAAGCGUUGCAAGAAGACGUUGUACAAUCGGUGCAUGGCGAAUAUACAUAAGGAAGUGCUGAAACAUUGUCUUAUGUGUCCUUUUUCAGACUGCAACUUCAGAGUUAUCAGGGAAUGCCAAUUAUACGAUCACUUGGAGGUUCACACAAAUGAUUAUGAAGCGGUCCACAAAUGUUUGAUUUGUAAAAAACUGGUUCUCUUAGAUGCGAAUUGUUCUUACAGACAUACAAACGAAAUGCAUGACUAUGAGGAAUCUUGUAAAUAUGAAUUGGUGUAUGUUCCAAAAACUAUAGCAGAGAAAAUAAAAUAUAUAAGCGAGGAAAAUGAAAUAGGCCCUAUCAGAACCCGAAUCACGACGCCAAAUAGAACGGGCAUAAGAAAAAGUAUCGAAGUACCGCAAAUAAGUGAGUUAGGAAAUGAGGUCGUUGUAAAAACAGAAAACGACGAAGAACAAAUGGACAUAGAUGAUCCUGUUAAUUCGAUAGAUUUAAUACAAGACAGGCCACCGUGCGUUAUAGCAAAUAUUAAAACUGAAUCAGACACACAGGUUGUUAGUAAUUUGAAUGCGAUCAACGCAAUUAAACAAUUUCCUAGUCUACUCUUAAACCAGAUAGCCCAAAAGGCGAAACAAUCUAAUUUCAAGAAGAUCAAGAUAGUGAAUAUUUCAAAAUAUAAAGGAAAGAAAGAUGCAAAUAAAUUAUCCGAAACGUCGAAAGAAAUUAAAACAAACGCUAUCAAUGGCAACGUUACAGAUAAGAAUAGAACAAAACCUAAUGUAAAAAUGCAAGUAGAUAAUAGAAAAGACAAUGGAAAUUUCGAAAUAAAUAUAACGAACGACGGUGUACAUUUCGGAUCAAGUAAAACAAACGAUGCUCCAGUAUGUGCACCCACUGAGAUAGGUAAACAAGUUCUAUUAAGAUGCGAUGAGAUUAAAAAAGAACCGAUUUCAGAAGCUGUGAUGCAGGUGAUAGAUGUAACAGAUAAAACUAAUGACGAUGCAUUAAAUAGUGCAGAUCUACAUAACGUAGAGAUAAAUACACUCCACGAUAACGGAGAGACAAGCAUACAAAUAAAUAAUACGAAUACGAUUGACCAUGGACAUUUAAAUAUAGGUGUUAAGAAUGCAAAUAGUCUUAUAAAAUUGUCAAAUAGAAAAAAUGUAACAAAUAGUUUAGUUCGUGUAUAUACAGAUUCUAAUAGUGAACAUUCUAAUGUUAUAAAGAAAAUAAGAGAAAAAUCGUUACAAAAGAGAAAUUUAAAUAUAACGAAAAAUAAUGACAUAAAUAAUAAAGGGGUUAGAGAAGGCACAGAUUUCGAAGCAGUGAUAGACGCGGUGAUAGACGCGGGUAGUUUGAAAAAGUAUCGUAUAAAACGACCUACCGUCACAAAUUCAAACAUAGAAGUGGAAGUAAAUUAUGACAGUCGCCAAGAUCCGGAGGAAACGGAAAUGGAUCUCAGGCUGUCCGACAUUAAGAAGAUCUACCAUAUUGAUGUUGAUGUCAGUCCAAAUAACGAGAUUAGCCUAAAACGGAAUAUAAGUGAAAUUGACGUGAAAACAGAAGUCGAAAUAGAAAAUCGGGAAAUGGAGAGAGAUAAUGGCCACAGCACAUCGGAUGACGAAUUCGAAAACGAUCUUAUCAUCAUUGAACCCGCUGAUGAAAUAAUGGAGUUGAGUGAUGAUGAUGAUAAGAUUGAAGAUGACGAUAAUGAUGAUGAUGAAUAUAAGAGUGGAAGUGAUGAUCAAUCCGAUUAUAGUGAUAGUUCAUCCGAAAACGGCGAACGGAUCUACCACAAAACGUACAGAUGCAAGCGCUGCCAAUUCUCCGGCAACCACAAGCAGUUCGUGAGGCACAAACGCACCGUGUGCCAGAAACAGUCACGGGAGGCCAUAGAAGGCCACGCCUCCUACAAGUGCACUAAGUGUAACGCGACCUUCUCCUCGUUCCGGCGGUACGCGGGACACUUCGAGACACACGGCUACGCUGCGCUGAGCUGCCCCAAAUGCUUUCAAAAGAAACAGGGUCUCGCCAAACUGGAAAGGCACAUGACGUCACACUUGAAGGACACGUUUAUAACUUACCGCGCGAUAAAUUCGCCGGAUGAGGUCCACAAGUCCAAGUAUAUGUGCAAGAUUUGCAACACCAGUUUGAAGAAGGCUCAAUUCUUCCGACAUUGGGAGGCCCACCUAGAGCUGCUAAAUACGACUAAGACUUCCGAGAAAAUCCAAACGAGAACCUGCGAUCCGAAGAUCAGGAAAGUACUCGAGCUCUUCACUAAUGCGGAUAAACUAAACGAUGCAACAAAAAAGUACUUUCGUAAAUGCCUGAUAUGCAAUAGAGCCUUCUCGAGAAGAAACGACUGCAAGCGACACAUCAUUGAGCACUUGCUGGCGGAGGCCUAUAGGCUGAAGCCGAAGACAGGACCGCUGCAAUGCCUGAUAUGCAGCGAGACGUUUGAUAAGCCUAUAAGGUUCCGAGGUCACAUGCGCCUGCACGCCUCGCUGCCAGUCUACAAAUGCGAACUUUGCGACAAGACGUUCAGCGAUUCGAGCAACUUCUCGAAGCACAAGAAGGUGCACAACUUCAAGACGAUGGUCUGCGACAUUUGCGGGAAGAAGUUCAGCAACAAGAUAUUCCUCAUUAAACAUAUGGAGUACCACGCUCGUAACCCGCCGAUAGAGUGUGACAAGUGCGGCAAGACGUACUUCUCGCAGUCACAGUUCCGUAAGCACUACAAGAACGCCCACGACAAGAGCCGGUUGUCUUUCAAGUGCCAACAGUGCCUGACGAUGUUCCGCACCCUUAAAGAGAAGUGGGAUCACAUGUGGAAUGUACACCAAGAGCGUAGAACGUCUGCCGACUGUCCGUACUGUCCCGCCAAAUUUCGCAAAAUGUCGCAAGUCAAGAAACACGUUGCGCAGGAGCACAUAUACAAUAUCAUCAAGGAAAACCCUGAGGAUUACCGUCUUGAAAUGUCCCCGGGUAGCUAUCGUCUACCCACAGUGGUGAUCAAAACCGAGCCGUACGAUUCCGCUUGA